AACCAAAUGCAAAUUGUGUCAACAUUUCAGCUAGAAAAUACAAGAUAGUCUCUUUCCACAAGCUUCCCUACAAGUAAAAUAGCAUUUUUACUCUGCAAUAUCUUCAAAAAUUCUAGCUGAGAGAUGUUUAAUAGAAUUGACUAUUCUACAAUCAAUUAUUGGCUUUGAACAGCAAACAACCUAAAAAGGAAUGAUCAUAUAAUUACCUGCAGCAGCUUUUUUUUCAUUCUAGCAGUCAAAAUGAAUAAUUUAGCCAAUUCCAUUUUCUUCCUCAUCUUGACCUUAUUCUGCAGCCAAACAUGUAUCAUUCUUCCAUCUGUAGGUGCAAUAACCUCAAUGAAGCCUGGUGAUGAAUUGAGUCACUCACAGGUACUUGACUCAGAAGGUGGAAAAUUCAAGUUAGGAUUUUUCACUAUCUCACAAACGGAUAACAGCUAUCUUGGAAUAUGGUAUGCAGGUGAUCCAGUAGAGAAGAAAUUAUGGAUAGCAAAUCCAAACACACCUAUAUUGAACAACUCAGGAUUGCUCACAUUAGAUUCUACAGGAACGUUGAAAAUCACCAGCAGAGGGAAGACAGUAGUGAAUAUUGCCCCUCCUUUAUUGAAAGGAAGUUUAAUAGCUAGGCUUCAAGAUUCUGGAAAUUUUGUGGUUCAGGAUGAAACUCGGAACACAACUUUAUGGCAAAGCUUCGAUCAUCCUACAAGUUGUCUUUUGCCUGGUAUGAAGCUUGGUUAUAACCUUACUACAAGGCAUAAUUGGACUCUAACUUCUUGGUUGGUUAGUAGUAUAAUUCCUGCCUCAGGGGCUUUUACUUUAGGUUUGGAGACCAUUCAAGAUGCAUUUCAGUUGGUUGUUCGUCGAAGGGGCGAGGUUUAUUGGACUAGUGGGGCUUGGAACAAUCAAGGUUUUUCAUUCUUACCUUCAUUCCAUGAUUCGGCUACUAUUUAUCAGUACAAGCUCAACUUGGUAUCCGAUACAGAUGGGAUGUUCUUCCAAUUUGAGGCUACAGAGGGAAGUUUCCCAAGUCUUGAGUUGUUUUCAGAUGGAGCUAUUGUUGCUGGAGAUAGUCGUAUAUAUACCCGUUAUAAUAAGUUCUGUUAUGGAUAUGAAAGUGACGACGGUUGUGUCUCUACUCAGUUGCCUGUGUGCCGAAAGGGUGGUGAUAAAUUUGAGCAAAAGAGAGGAGACUUUAUAGAUAUAUCUGGUACUACCACCAAUUAUUAUGCUAAUGCAAGCAUUAGUCUUGGUGAUUGUAUGCAGAAAUGCUGGGAGCACAGCAGUUGUGUUCGAUUAACCACUCUCAUCAGCAAUGGGACAAGCUGCCUGAUUUGGAACGUAAAGAGGGACUUUAGAGUCGAUGAGAGUGGUAAUGCAGUGCAAAGAUCUGUUCUGGUUUCACCAAAAUCAUCUAAAGGAAAACCUUGGAUGUGGAUAGUAUUAGCUAUUUUAAUCACAAUGCUGAUAUGUGGUUUCAUCUGCUUCAUUAAAACGAGAAUACUCAAACGACAAGAUGAGAAAAGAAAGAAGGAAGAGUGUAUACGUGAGUUGACAGCAGCAGACACCUUCAACAACACAAAUCUGAAAGAAGAAGAUGGAAGGGAAGUACAAGAUUUGAAGAUAUUUAGCUUUGGAUUGAUAUUGGAAGCCACAAACAACUUCUCAAGUGAAAACAAGCUCGGAGAGGGUGGUUUUGGAGCCGUUUAUAAGGGACAAUUUCCAGAUGGGAGAGAGGUGGCAGUCAAGAGACUCUCACGAACAUCAGGUCAAGGGCUUGUAGAGUUCAAGAAUGAGCUUAUACUAAUUGCAAAAGUUCAGCAUACAAAUCUAGUUCGAGUUAUAGGAUGUUGUAUUCAUGGAGAAGAAAAAAUGUUGAUAUAUGAGUACAUGCCUAACAAGAGCUUGGAUUUCUUCCUCUUCGAACCUGAAAGAAACAAACUACUGGAUUGGCAGAAACGUUUUGAAAUUAUAGAAGGAAUUGCUCAAGGAUUGCUCUAUCUUCAUAAAUACUCAAGAAUGAGAGUGAUACAUAGAGAUCUAAAAGCCAGUAAUGUGCUCUUGGAUGAAAACAUGAAUCCUAAGAUAGCUGAUUUUGGUAUGGCAAGAAUUUUCAAACAGAACGAGACAGAGGCAGUGACUGGCAGGAUUGUAGGAACAUAUGGUUACAUGGCUCCUGAGUUUGCCAUGGAAGGAGCUUUCUCGAUCAAGUCUGAUGUCUUCAGCUUUGGAGUCUUAAUGCUUGAAAUUUUGAGUGGUAGGAGAAAUGCUAGCUUACAACAAUUCGAUCGUCCGCUCAACUUAAUAGGUUAUGCAUGGGAACUAUGGAAAGAAGGGUGUGCACUAGAACUGAAGGAUCCAGCUAUUGGAGAUCUUUGUGACCCUCAACAAUUGUUACGAGUUAUUCAUGUCGGCCUAUUAUGUGUACAAGAAGGUGCAACAGAUAGGCCAACAAUGUCUGAUGUUAUCUCAAUGCUUGGUAAUGGAAGUAUGUCACUGCCAAUUGCAAAACAGCCUGCAUUUUUCACCGGAAGAGAUGAAGCUGAAUCAUAUUCGUCAAAUUUACCGGUCCAGCAGAAAUUAUGGAUAGCCAAUCCAAAUACACCUAUACUGAACAACUCAGGAUUGCUCACAUUAGAUUCUACAGGAACAUUAAAAAUAACCAGCGGAGGAAAGACAGUUGUGAAUAUUUCCCCUCCUUUGUUGACAGGAAAUUUAGUAGCUAGGCUUCAGGACUCUGGAAAUUUUGUGCUUCAGGAUGAAACUCGAAACACUACUUUAUGGCAAAGCUUUGAUCAUCCUACAAGUUGUCUUCUGCCUGGUAUGAAGCUUGGUUAUAACCUUACUACAAAGCAGAAUUGGACUUUAACUUCUUGGUUGAGUAGUUAUAUUCCGGCCUCGGGGGCUUUUACUUUAAGUUUGGAGUCCAUUCAAGAUGCAUUUCAGUUGGUUAUUCGUCGAAGGGGUAAGGUUUACUGGACUAGUGGGGCUUGGAACAAUCAAGGUUUUCCAUUCUUACCUUUGUUCCGUGAUUCUUCUACUAAUGAUACAAUUACUAUUUAUCAGUACAAUCUCAACUUGGUAUCAGACAAAGAUGGGAUGUUCUUCCAAUUUGAUACUACAGAGGGAAUCUUCAACACAGAGGGAAGCUUCCCAAGUCUGGAGUUGAAUUCAGACGGAGCUAUUGUUGCCGGAGAUAAUCUUAUAUACACCAUUUAUAAUAAGUUCUGUUAUGGUUAUGAAAGUGACGAUGGUUGUGUCUCUACUCAGUUGCCUGAGUGCCGAAAGGAUGGGGAUAUAUUUGAGCAAAAGAGCGGAGAUUUUAUACAUCCAUCUGGUAUUACUACUAAGUUUUAUGAUGAUGCAAGCAUUAGUUUUGUUGAUUGUAUGCAGAAGUGCUGGGAGCACUGCAGUUGUGUUGCCUUCAUCACCAACAGCGGCAAUGGGACAGGCUGCUUAAUUUGGAGUGGAAAUAGGGAUUUCCGAGUCGAUGAGAGUGGUAAUGCAGUGCAAAAAUAUGUUCUGGUUUCACCAAAAUUAUCUAAAGGAAAAACUUGGAUAUGGAUAGUAAUUGCUUUAGCUAUUUUUGUCACUUUGCUAAUAUCUGGUCUCAUAUGCUACAUUAUAAUGAGAAGACGCAAACUACAAGAUAAGAAAAGAAAGGAGGAAGAGUAUAUACGUGAGUUGACAGCAUCAGAUAGCUUCAAUGACACUAAUUUGAAGGGAGAAGAUGGAAGGGAAGUACAAGAUUUGAAGAUAUUUGGCUUUGGGUUCAUAUUGGCAGCCACAAACAACUUCUCGAGUGAAAAGAAACUCGGCGAGGGUGGUUUUGGGCCUGUUUAUAAGGGAAAAUUUCCAGAUGGGAGAGAGGUGGCAAUCAAGAGACUUUCAAGAACAUCAGGUCAAGGGCUUGUAGAGUUCAAGAAUGAGCUCAUACUAAUUGCCAAAGUUCAGCAUACAAAUCUAGUUCGAGUUCUAGGAUGUUGUAUCCAUGGAGAUGAAAAGAUGUUGAUUUAUGAGUAUAUGCCCAAUAAGAGCUUGGACUUCUUCCUAUUUGAUCCUGCAAGAAAGGAGCUACUGGAUUGCCAGAAACGUUUUGAGAUUAUAGAAGGAAUUUCUCAAGGAUUGCUCUAUCUUCAUAAAUACUCAAGAAUGAGAGUGAUACAUAGAGAUCUAAAAGCUAGUAAUGUGCUCUUGGAUGAAAACAUGAAUCCUAAGAUAGCUGAUUUCGGAUUGGCGAGAAUAUUCAAACAGAACGAGACGGAGGCAGUGACUGGCAGGGUUGUUGGAACAUAUGGUUACAUGGCUCCCGAGUUCGCCAUGGAAGGAGCGUUCUCAAUCAAGUCUGACAUCUUCAGCUUUGGAGUCUUAGUGCUGGAAAUUGUAAGUGGUAGGAGAAAUACUAGCUUACAGCAAGUCGAUCGUCCGCUGAACUUAAUAGGAUAUGCAUGGGAAUUGUGGAAAGAAGGGUGUGCAUUAGAAUUGAAGGAUCCAGCUCUUGGAGAUCUUUGUGACACUAAACAGCUAUUACGAGUUAUUCAUAUAGGACUUUUAUGUGUACAAGAAAGUGCACAAGAUAGGCCAACAACGUCUGACAUUAUAUCAAUGUUCAGUAAUGAAAGUAUGCAACUGCCCACACCAAAACAUCCAGCGUUUUUCACAGGAAGAGAUGAAGCUGAAUCAAAUUCAUCUAGAACCAAAGCAGAACAAUGUUCGAUUAAUGAUUUGUCCAUCACUGUCCUUGAAGCCAGAUAAGAUUUCUGAUCCAUUUUGUUGCUGUAAUCGGAUUGCACAUAGAUCAUCGAUUAAUUUUGAUCUGCUCGUGGUGCAGAACUCAGUAACUGUACAAGAAAAACAUGUUUCCUUGUGAUAUAAAUUCAUUCAACUUUUAUUGUGAAAUAACACGGGGAAUCCAAUUGCAUUGACAACAA